AUGUCUUUAUCUGAAGCACAAAGACUGAAAUGCCUCGAGAUUCUCGACAAUUUAAGAAAGCAUCCCAUAUCAGAGAUGUUUGCUAAGCCAGUUGAUGCUGAAGCUGAUGGCGUUCCUGAUUAUUAUGAUGUUAUCAAAAAUCCUAGUGAUUUCAGCACAGUAAGGAACAAAUUAACUACAUUUCAGUAUAAGACAUUUGAUGAAUUUAAACGAGAUGUCAAUCUAAUUUGGGAAAAUGCUAUCCAAUAUAAUACAAAGCAAUCUUUCAUAGCAUUAAUUGCAGAAGAACUUAGCAGACAGUUCCAAAAGCAACUCUGGCAAUUCGAAAGUCCACCAACAGAACAAUGGAUUAAUGAUUUUUUACGUGCAAGAGUUACAAUUACAAAACUCUUCAGAAAUCCACCAACAGGAGUGGCUAAUUUAGCAUUUACAGCAAAUUAG